ACAUCACAGGAAAAACACCAGACACCUCCAACUCAGGUCGAUAUAAUCAUCCUGGACAACGAGACAAAAGUUGGAACUAGGAUGUCCGGACAAUAGGAGAGUAGAAAUCAAGCUAAAUUUCGAUCAGACAGGCCCCUCGAGAUUCAGUGAUUGUUGGAGCAAUGGCUUAAAUAUAUCACUAUAGCAAAAAACCUCGAACUCGCACAUGAAAUCAAGUGAAUCAUCCAGUCCGAAGUUCAUCCAUUUGAGGUGGGUUUUCAAAGAAUUCAAGGAUCUUCCACUCUCUUUAGGGAUCAAACCAGAGACCGGGUUCGUGUCACAGUGAUCAUGUCAUCGUCCUUAGGUCUGCUCUUUUUAAUGGAAGCCUGCGGGCAGCAAAUUUGAUACGGAAUGCCACGGGGAGUGAUGCCAAUCCUGCAAGCUCUUUGCUUGUCAGCUCGUGCACUCAUCAUGUGCAAGAUGGUGAGGAACAAAGCCUUCCCUUUCACGAGUUUUGCUAGCAUCCGCGCUCUUCUCCCGACGGCUCCACUGAAAUCUGGCCUUCAAAAGACGAACUUGGAAGAUGCCCGCGAAGGCUUUGAUCGCGUUCCCACUCCUGGUGACGUCUUUUCUUGGAACAAAUUGCUCCGGGAUUAUGUUCGGAACCGCCCUUUGCAUCAAGCCCGAGGCUUGUUCGACGAAAUGCCCCUUAAGGACGUCGUCUCGUGGAACACGAUGCUUUCGGGUUAUUACAGAGCUAAAAGGCCAGAGGAUGUGUAUGGUUGUUUAGGAGAACUUGGGAGAUGCGGCGUCUUGCCUAAUGCAUACACCAUAUCCAUGGCCAUCAGCUCCUUUCUGGACACUAGGUUCAAAAUUUUAGUCCCCCAAAUUCAUGGCCGUAUAGUUUGUUUGGGGAUGGUAUCUGACGUCAUUGUUGGCUCAGCACUGAUGAAAGGCUAUGCAAAUGUUGGCAAUCCGUUGGCUUUGGAGAGAGUUUUCGAUGAUCUUUCGGCGAAACCUGCUUCAUCAUGGAAUGCUCUGGUGAGUGGUUACAUGGAAAUGGGGCACGUGGAGAAGGCAGAGAGAAUCUUUCACUUGAUGCCGGAGAGCCAGAAGGAUGUUGUUUCUUGGACUUGUUUGCUUUGUGGUUAUGUCAGGAACAAAAGGAUUGACGAAGCUCGAUCUGUUUUUGAUAGGAUGAGCGUGAGGGAUGUGUUUUCAUGGACAGCGAUGAUGAAUGGAUAUGUGAGGAACGAAAAGCAUGAGGAUGCAUUGAAGCUGUUUGUCCUAAUGAUUAAAUCGGGGAGCCGGCCAAAUGUUUUCCAUUAUUCUUGUGUUUUAAGUGCGUGUGCAGGGGCAUCUUCUCUUGUCGUGGGUCAGCAAGUUCACUCGAGCAUCAUAAAGUGUGGGAUCCCUGAAUCAGAUGAUGUGGUUGUUAUGACCUCCCUUGUCGAUAUGUAUGCAAAUUGUGGGGAAAUUGAUGCUGCGUUUUGCAUCUUUGCAAAUAUCCAAAACAAGAACAUCGCUUCAUGGAAUGCAGUUAUGGGAGGAUAUGCCUGGCAUGGGCCAGGAGAAAAAGCAAUAGAAAUUUUUGAAAGCAUGGUUGAAAAUGGUACUAAGCCUGAUCCCAUAACUUUCAUUAAUCUCUUGUCAGCAUGUGUUCAUGGAGGACUGGUUGAAGAAGGUGCUAAGUUCUUCGACUGCAUGAAGACAAAGUAUGGGAUACAACCAGAGGUAGAGCACUAUGCAUGCAUGGUAGACCUGUAUGGAAAGGCUGGACUGCUCGAGAAGGCAAAGAAGCUAAUUGAGGAAAUGCCCAUGGAGCCCGACGUCGUAGUCUGGGGUGCAUUCAUUGGAGCUUGCACAAUGCAUUCGAAUUUGGAAUUUGGUGAAUUUGCUGAAAAGGGAAUUAGAAGAUUGAAGGAACAUCAUCCCGCAUCAUAUACAAUGCUGUUAAAGAUUCAUGGUGAAAAUGGAUCGUGGAGCAGAGUACUAAAUUUAAAAAGGCUGAUGAGAAAAUGGCAUGUGAGGAAGCAGAUUGCAGCUAGUUGGCUUGAUACUUCUUAAGAAAUGAUGACUAAUCAUUAUUUGUUAUUGAAUGGAUAUAAAAUGUUCUAGAAGCACUAAGCUUUCAAAAAUUGUAUUUCCAGUUCCUAAUUCUUGUCGCCAACAUCUUUAUCCAGUGAAAGACGAAUCUCCAUGAUAUGACCCACUAAGCAACGGAUGCAGACCAAUUUAAGGGAGCUGCAUCAGAUUUGAGUGCUAGGUCACUGUUUCUCGUCAUACAUAUCUGUUCUGCUGAUAUAGCUUCUCUUCUGAGUUAAGUGACUCACAUGUUCACAGUAUUAAACUCUGUGGUGCACAUUACUGCCCAUAAGACUUCAGUACUUACAGGGGACAUUUGAUGUUUCUAUGAUUUGGUCCACGUUGGUAUCAUUAUUUCUGAAUGGUUUCAUGACGACACAUUCAAAUACUUCCUAGUGGUCAGGCUAUUAAAUAAAUGCUUUGUGAUUUCCUUUCACAGAAAGCAGGAAGAGUGGUGAGGGAUGAAGAAGCUGCAAAUAGUAGUGAAAGUGGGGCAAUUGUGAAUUGCGACAUGGUAAAUGAAGAUUUUGAUGUAGUACUACUGUUGGAAUGCAUGCAUAAUGGAUGAAAAGGGGAGUGCUUUUUGGUGUAUUGCACGAUUAAAAAUCACUUUACUUUGGAGAAAAUGCUAUGGGACCAGAAUAAGAUUGACCAUGCUUUUAUGGGACAAGAUGCUUAAUACUGAGACAGCAACAUGUGCAUCAAGCAAGUGUAGAGUGGAGGCAAAUGUUCUAUCGGAUUAUUUUGCAGGUGAGAAAAGACAGAAUUAGGAAUGCACGUAGAAGAGACAUUGGGUUGGCUCGGAUGACAGAGAAGUGAGUGACUCGUUUACUAUGAUCUGGACACACGAUCUUCGAUCCUUCAAAUGGGACUGGAACAAGGAAUGCCUGGCAAUGAUGUGACUUCCAAACAACAAUUUCCUCGUCUCUCUUCAGACGACCAUGCGUAAGUCAUGAAGUUCCAGCUCUAGUCUUGUAAGAGGUAACAGUUCCUUCAUCUACUUCUUUUCAUUAGGAUUGGUACCGAACUAUAACCAUCUCGGAAAAGAUGUAUUGGAUCGAAAAGGCUGAUUAGAUUCUAUUGAAACAGAUCCAGUUGACAGCAUGAGUGGUUGAUUCACUUUGAGGCUUUAUUUGUUUCGUAGAAAAUGAAUAAUUUGAAAAAUGUUCUUUAAAAUGAUUGUUUAUAUUGCUGACAGAAAUGAACGAAUAAAAAUAUUUCCAUCUUCUGUGAAAUUUUUAGACAAAAAUUAUUGUUGAUGAAUAACAUUUUUAUUGACAAAUUAUUUCAAGCAAUACAAACAAUCAUUUUUACAAAAAUGUUAUCGAAAUCAUUUAAUUUCCACUAAACAAAUGGAUCCUAAUUGUUGUGUCAUUCUUUCCUGCUUAUUUUUGCUUAGCAAAUCAGUGAGACAUAGGGAUGGGGAGCUUAUCCAUGUUUCUUUUCAAGCACAAAAUGCUAGUUCCAACCUGGGGCCGUUUUUUCAGUGGUGGCUGAUGAUAUCUACCUCAUCUUUUAAGUUCAGUGGCAUAUUCUUUUAGGGGAUUGUUUGCUAUUCCCAUGUCUUUUUAAGUUCAAGAUCCUCACAUCGCAUCGGGAACGUUUGUCCUGCGGAAAUUUCUUUUCGGCAACUUUUUCCACGUUCUUAGACGUUUGACAGAUAUUUAAGACUUUCAGUAGCAGGCAUAAAAGCUGCUAUUAUCAAUGAAACCCAUCCAAAGGUUCAGUCCCUGAGGUUUGAUGGAAGUAGUGGACGGAUGGUCUACCUUUUCGGACAUUCUGCUGUUCAACUUUGCGAUAGGUGGUCAUGCGAUUUCAGCGGCGUUGAGAGCUUCUGUUGCCAGUUUUAGAUCUAUAAUUUAUGAAGCUUCAGAAUGAACUGAGAAUUUCUUCAUCUGCUUCCGACUGAGUUGUAAAGGUCAUUGUCCCUUUAGAUGCUUUUUGCGCAGAAUCAAAGUUAAUCGACGUCGCUGCUAUUCCAUUGCAGGCAAUGAACACACCAAACUCGCACUCCCUCAAUUGUACCUUUCUCAAGAACCCCGCACUGGGAAAUUCUGGCAUGAUCCCAGUAUCAUACGAAGCCCAAUUCACUCAUAUUUCACUCGUAUCGUUGGAUGAGAUGAGAACCGGACGGGAGCGCAUGCACAUUCGGCUCGCAUACACCGAAGUCAUGCAAUAAUGGCCCAUCACCUCCACCUCGGCUCUCCAGUUUCAGGCAGAACGACAAAGCUGAACCCAGCAUGAGAAGAGAUCAUUGAGUACGCCAUUUACAACCAUGGAACUGCACAAACUGAGAAUUACCAUAAUCUUUGUAAUGGCUCGUAAUGUUAAGUUGAUCUUUGAUAGACAAAUUCCGUCUCUCUUGAGUCUGCCAAGCCGGGAGAUUCAAGAAUUGAAAUGACGCACCUAAUGAAAAUAUAGCCAAACCUUUUCCUGCAAUUUA